UUCCCUCUAUUCAUUGAAUUUUGUGAGUUGCACUUCCAGGAAGAGAAUUUAAUAAUCCAAUCACCUAGUAGAUCAAUAACUUAUCAUAAGUCAUAACUUAUCUAUAAAUUCUCUUUUCACUACUCAAACUCCAAACCAUUUUUGAUUCUCCUGAAACACAGUCAACAACAAUUCAAUUCAAAUCAAACCCUCUUUCUUCAUUUCCUUAACCCCAUCAAAAAAACCCAACAACAACAAUAACCACAACCAUGGUGGUCGCAGAACAAGGUUCAUCAUCCUAUUCACUCCCACCAUACCCUCGAGAAGACACCCCUCUUCUCACUAAUUCACCCCCCCUCUCUUCCCAAUUCAAAACCUGCGCCAACAUCUUCAUCUCCAUCGUCGGCGCCGGUGUCCUCGGUCUCCCCUACAGCUUCAAACGAACCGGAUGGGCCACCGGUUUAAUCAUGCUAUUCGUCGUCGCGUACAUCACCUACCACUGUAUGUUACUUCUUGUCAACACACGCCGCAAGCUCGAAUCAGCAAUGGGUUUCUCAAAAAUCAAAUCUUUCGGCGAUUUAGGGUUCACCAUUUGUGGCCGAUUGGGUCGGUUCUCAGUUGAUGCCAUGAUUGUUCUUUCUCAAGCUGGGUUUUGUGUUAGCUAUCUGAUUUUCAUUUCUUCCACUUUGGCUUUUCUCGCCGCCGGUGACUCUACCGGAGAAACGAUUCCGGUGUUUCUGGGUUUGACUCCGAAGGUUUUGUUUCUUUGGGGGUGUUUUCCUUUUCAAUUAGGGUUGAAUUCGAUUAAGACUUUGACCCAUUUAGCUCCUUUGAGUAUUUUUGCUGAUGCUGUUGAUAUUAGUGCCAAGAGUGUUGUUAUGGUGGAAGAUGUUUUUGUUUUCAUCAACAAUAGGCCUAGUUUAGAGGCUUUUAAGGGUUUCUCUGUGUUUUUCUAUGGUAUUGGUGUUGCUGUUUAUGCUUUUGAAGGGAUUGGGAUGGUUUUGCCUUUGGAAAGUGAGACUAAGAAUAAGGAGAAGUUCGGUAGGGUGUUAGGUUUAGGGAUGGGUAUGAUUUCUCUGUUGUUUGGUGCUUUUGGUUUGUUAGGUUACUUUGCUUUUGGUGAGGAAACUAAGGAUAUUAUCACUACUAAUCUAGGUCAAGGUUUGGUGAGUGUUGUGGUUCAAUUAGGGCUUUGUGUGAACUUGUUUAUUACUUUUCCUUUGAUGAUGAAUCCUGUUUAUGAAGUGUUUGAGAGAAGGUUUUGUGAUUCUAGGUAUUGUUUGUGGUUGAGGUGGUUGUUGGUUUUGGCUGUGAGUUUGGUGGCUCUUUUGGUGCCGAAUUUUGCUGAUUUUCUUUCGCUUGUUGGAAGCAGUGUUUGUGUUGUUCUUGGAUUUGUGUUGCCUGCUUUGUUUCAUUGUAUGGUUUUCAAGGAGGAGUUGGGUUGGAGAUGCUUGGUUUCUGAUGGCGCUAUUAUGGCUUUUGGGAUUGUCGUUGCUGUUUAUGGAACCUAUAGCUCUGUGUCGGAUAUUCUUUCUCCUAAGGCAUGAUUUGAUUUGGAAGAAGUGAAGUUUGAAAGAUGAAAAACUGAAUUUUCAGAUGUUUUUGGUAAGGGAACCAUUGUUCAUGUGCUUAAUGUUGUAUUGCUGCAUGCUGAAGUAUAUGCUUGGUUGUUCCUUGAUGAAGAUUUUUGCCUAUGCUGUUCUUCAGUCUUGUUUGUUGAUUAAUGAUGAUUGUGUGAUAAAACUACGAAUUUUUAUUUGUUGUAUUUUGUCUUUUUUUUUUUAUGUAAAAAGUUACGAGAAUAAUUGCCAUACGGUCAGUGCAUUACAACCAUUCAUAAGUGUACCGUCAGUGUAAAAAGUUAUGAUUCACUAACUAGUGAAAAAUUUCUUUGCA